GGGUCGCUGUCCCAGCAGUGAGGUCGGACACGGGGCCUCCCCAGAGCCCGGGCCUGAGGACCUCCCUCCGUCCGUCGGCACUCGGCAGGUCGUCCUCUCCGGGGCCCAAAAAGGUGAACCAACAGGGCAAAAGAGACACAGAAGAAUGUCAGACAACAAAGAAAAGAAGAGUCAAGGAGUUCUUGAAGAAGCGCUGGCUAAACAAGACACAUCUUCAUUGACCGAUGCUGUAAAGCAAGUUGCAAAGCAACAACAGUCACAAACGUCAGAAAUACAAAAAAAUAAAAAAGUUCUGUUUCAUUUGCAGAAUGAACUUCAUGAGCUGGAAAAACAAAUAGCAUCUGUCUCUGCAGAAACUAAAGAAACAGAAAGGCAAAUUUAUCAGCAAGAUGCUGCUAUAGAGAAUAGCAAAUUGCAGUGUGAAAACCUGGAAACGCAAAUCAAAUCCUUACAUACAGAAAAUGUAAAGCUUAAAUUUGACAUAGAAGCAACCCAAGAAGAUUUUGAGGAACACAAGAUAAGAUAUAAUGAAUACUAUGCAAAAAUAAAAGUGUAUAAAGAUAGUUUGGAGGAGGAAGAAAGCAAAUGGUCAUUUAUGACUGAACUCCAUGAAAAACGAGAACUUGUUAAAAAACUGAAGAUAAUGAAAGAGGAACUCAGGCAAGAUCUCCAAAAUCCAGAAGGAAACCGGAUAAAACAAGCACAGGAAGAUAUUUCAAAGCUAAAGAAUAAUAUUAUAACUGUAAAAGAGUCUAUCAUUGAAAAAGCUUGCUUUCUUGAAGAAGAAAAAAAAACACAUGAAAAAUUAAGAAAAGAAAUAGAGGUACAACAUAAGAGAUAUGGUGCGAUUCUUAAGCGUUUGCAUUGUCAGGUGAACAAGCUUCAGUCAGAUAGAAGACAGUGGCAAUGGAACAUUCAACAAUUAGAAAAAACAGCAGCUGAACUAAGAAGAUGCAUUGCAAUGAAAGAUUAACCUGUCCUUAGGGCAACGCAGAGCACACAGUAUGCCGACAAAACUUACAGCACAGAAUGCAGAGAAAUCCUUUGGAUUCUUUUUUUUUACUCUUAUUGAUUUUUAUUGAAGUAUAAUUGACCUACAGUAUUACAUUUGUUGCUACAUAUAUAAUGGUAGUGGUGCUACCAUUUACACACCACUGUCAGAGGUUUGUCUUAAUGACACACACAGAGGGGGCCAAAAAAAUGUAUACACAUUUUAAGAAAGGAAAAAUCUGUAUUAU